AUGUCCCUCCCCUCAAACAUCCACGUCUCCUCCCAUCCCUGCCUCCAGGCUAAGCUGUCCCAGCUCCGCUCAGCAAGCACAAGCCCCCGCGAAACAAGAGCGCUCAUCCACGAGAUCGCCUCGAUACUGGGCGUCGAGGCAUUUGCAAAGGGACUCACCGUUACGAAGACCGGGACGGACCACACCCCACUGGGCGCCUCGUACGAGACCCAAAGCAUCGAUCCAGCCGAUCUAGCCCUGGUUCCGAUCCUGCGAUCAGGACUGGGCAUGGUUGAGGCCCUCAACGCCCUCCUCCCAGCCGCCGUCCCAAUCUACCACCUAGGCCUAUUCCGGGAAAAAAUCACGCUGCAGCCCGUAGAAUACUACAACAACCUCCCCUUCCACCGGAGCGAGCUCUCGCCGCAAAGUCCCGCGCUCCUGGACCCGGCGGCCGCGACGACGAACACGGCGUCUGCGACGCUGGCUGUUUUGCUCGACCCGAUCAUUGCGACGGGGGCAACGGCGGAGGCGGCGAUCCAGCUUUUGCGAGAGUGGGGGGUGCAGAGGGUUAUUAUGUUGAGUGUGCUUGCUUCGGAGGAGGGGGUUAGGCGGGCGGCGGGGACGUGGGAGGGGGUUGAGGUUUGGGUUGGGGGGGUGGAUGGGGUUGUUAAUGAGAAGGGGAUGAUUGUGCCUGGGGUUGGGGAUAUUGGGGAUCGGUUGUUUGUUGCUAUUGGGAAGUAG